AUGAAUGUUUUAUCUCUGAUUUUAAACAAAGGAGCAUCUGAGGGUAUUUUCAAUUACCAUCCAGAGUGCGAAGACCUCCAGCUGACACACCUCUCCUUCGCAGACGACCUGCUUAUCUUCCUGGAAGGCUCGGUUCAAAAUGUUGCAGGCGUUCUGUCCAUUCUGAGGAAAUUUGAGGAGCUAUCAGGCCUUGGCGUAAAUAUCUCCAAAACACAGAUGUUUGCAUCGGGUGUCCCGGAGGAGGAUUUAUCUGAGAUUCAAGACCGGUUUGACCUGACCCCUUCGUCACUUCCAAUCCGCUACCUGGGCUUGCCCCUCUGCUCGAGAAAACUAUCUGUAGCGGAUUGUGAUCCUUUGCUGGCUCAGCGAGUUCUCAAGCAAAUCAAUACUCUUGUUGCGGCUUUUUUCUGGCAUGGUUCUUUUAUCUCUGCCAAAGGUGAAAAAGUGUCAUGGGACAGCAUCUCUUACCCGAAAUCUGAAGGAGGUCUCGGCAUGAGAAAAAUGAGUAGUUGGAGUGAUACAUGUGGGUUAAAACUCAUAUGGAUGCUAUUUUUCAGAGCAGGAUCAAUGUGGGUAGCAUGGAUCAGAGCCAAAUACCUAUCUCACUCACCUUUCUGGGCCUUAAAUGAGGAAAACUAUUCUUUCUCUUGGAUGUUCCGCAGACUUCUGAAAUUAAGGGGGAAAGCAAGCUCUUUGAUUCAGAUUUUUAUUGGAAAUGGAGAUGAUACCUUCUUCUGGUGGGAUCCAUGGACUCCUUUUGGUCCUUUGAUCCAGUUUAUGGGUGAUGAUGGCCCUUCUCGUCUUGGCAUCCCUCUGUUUUCAACAGUAGGCCAACAAAUCUCUUCUCAGGGCUGGAAUCUUCCUAACGCUCGGUCUGAGAAGCAGCUUCAACUAUAUUCCUUCCUAUCAUCGAUUGUCCCUUCUGCAUCGUGUGAUUCUCCAGUCUGGAUGAUUAAUGGAGAAGUCCAGAAAUCGUUUUCUGCAAGAUAUGUUUGGAACAGUAUAAGAGAGCGUAAGGAGGAGGUGCCUUGGUUCAAGCUCGUUUGGCCAAAAGUAAGAAUCCCCAAACAUGCUUUCUCGGCAUGGCUUUUUGUUCUGGAUCGUAACCCAACGCUUGACCGCCUGAGAAGAUGGGGUUGUGAUGUAGAACAUUUAUGUCUUCUUUGUGGGGUUGGUAAUGAAUCAAGAGAUCACUUGUUUUUUUACUGCCCUUACUCGAUGAUUGUGUGGAAGUUAGUGGUUUCAAAAAUACAGGUAUUCCCUCCACCUUCAGCUUAG